AUGUAUGCCACGAGAGCUUUACUUGAUCUGAUAUUAAUGGUAACAGCAUGCGGAAUAGGUCUUCCCACGGCAUCAGCCGCUCCUCUUGUCAACAUCCUUCUCAACGACUACGGUUAUCUGUACGAUGUGAUGCAGAGCACUCCACAAGACAACGGGCAGUGUGGCCUUGGCUUUGGAAUUGACUUCCCAUAUUUUGGACACACUUACGACUCUCUACUUCUCAAUGGGGGAACACGGCCAUACGUUGACGUCAAUAUUCCUAGUAUAACUUUCGGAAAUGGACUACAGUACUCAGAUUUCACCUUUCGCAUCAACCUGAUUCCGAUCUCAGAUCCCCCCAAUGGAACAGUAUUCAAUUACCGAAGCAACACAUGCAGCACGGAUGCAAUUAACGAAUUGAAACUUUGGUUUGUCAGUGGAGACUUGUACGCAUCCAAGAGUGUAGGCGGCAAUGAACCGGAAGUAACUGUUUUUACCAAAUCCUUCAACAAUAUCAUUGCCAACAAUUGGCAGUUUCUAGGAGUAGGUGUUGACGCAUUCACCGGCUAUAUAACCAUCAUGGUAGAUAGUUUCACCUUUUAUUCGGGAACUAGUUCCACUCCUCAGAAGGCUCUAAACACACCAGGAGUUAUCCGUCUUGGUGGUGGAUUUGAAAACAGCAUGGGGCUAUUUUCUGGAGGAAUGACCUGUUUUGGCAUGUAUGAAGAGCUUCUUGAUGCGAACAACAAGCACUCAUACACCUUAUCUAAUUGUAUGAUGACCACUGGUUGGAACAGCUGGCCAAAUGGUUUGCCAGCAGGGCCAGAUCCCACAGGAUGUACUUCUUCAACCGGAAACACACCAACAGCUACAGAUCGGACAAAGGGGAAAUUCCUUCUGACCGGAAAUGACAUGGCACCUUCCUGUCACGUGAUCUCGACAAAUUCAGGGGUUGUCAGGGUUACCGUAGAAUGCGCCAUGAUGUGUCUCCAGGACAAUACCUGCUUGUCGUUCACAGUGGCCACAUCCCUUUCUGUCAUGACGUGCAGUCUCUUCUCUAGUAUACAUACGGACACUGUUGCCACGCCAAACACAAUCUAUUAUGUUGCAGACAUUUAGACUUAACAAUCAUUUCAUUUCGACAGUGUCUUCGAAGAAGUGUGAAAGUUUCCGGUCAUUUAAAAAACGUUAAAACCACACUGACUUCUGCAAAUGACGUUAGAUCCUAUGUAGAUAGUAUCGUGACUCCAUGUAAAAGUGACUUCAAAAAGCAUAGUGUUGAUGUUAAAAUAUUGUGUAUCUUUUAUCGUCUUAAGAAUUGAAAUCACAAAAACGGAAUAUAACAAUAUCGCUAAGAUUCUACAUUGUACAUUAGUUUUGUAAAAAUUGCACAUCACAAGUUUGCAGGUCUAGACUAGAUGAGGGCUCAGACAGGCUCGUUUUGAUGUGUUGUGGGGUGAUUAAUCAAAAGGUUCAGACGAUCUUGUUUUGAUGUGUUGUGGAGUGAUUAAUCAAAAGGUUCAGACAGGCUUGUUUUGAUAUGUUGAGCGGUGAUCAAUAAAAAUGUUCAGACGAUCUUGGUUUGAUAUGUUGUGGGAUGAUCAAAAGGAAGGAUAAGACUAUCUUGGCUUGAUAUGUUGUGGAGUAAUCAAUACAAAUGUUCAGACGAUCUUGGUUUGAUGUGGUGAUUGUUGUGAUCAAUUAAAACCGGAUAUGAGGUUGUAUUGACACUACAUUUGUAUGUAUACAAUGUUAAUGCUGUUUUCUACUAUUGAUAGUUUAACAAGACCACAACAAUUCUAUUUUUAAGGGACG